AUGAUGGAUAAUAGUAUUCCGACGAACGCCCCAAACAAUCCACCUCAAGCAGAUUGUGUGCCUGCGAAAACAUGGCAUAAACCUGGACCGUCAUUGUCGCGUAGAAGGAUAGGCGGCCCAGAUGCCAAGGUUGCCAGUGUGGCCGCAACCAUGGACCAAUCAAUACCUCGCCAUUCCGCGCCGCUUUCAGAGUUCGCUGUGAUUGAGCAGCUGUUGGCGAAUUCUGCGGACCCUCCUUCGCCAAGAGCCCAGACUUCCCACUGGCAGGACGGUUGCGUAUCUACGGGUCCGUCUGAAGCCAAGAACCUUACGCUAUUUUUGGGGGUGGAGGGGAUGGCCCGGAUGGGGAGGGGCGGAGCGGUUUUCGGUUUCAAUAUCCUCCUGUCAGAUCAGGAAUCCCAGCCGAUGAUUUAUAAAGCCAUCGAUGUUCCCACUUCGUGGCCGGAUCUUGCCCUUUUGUUUGCCUCCAGCGUUAUCGUCAGUGGUGUCGUUAGAAGCUAUUUUCUCUGGUCGACCUACAUAUCCGAAUAG